AUGAGAUUAACACUUGCAGAUAACUUUGUUGGUGUCAUAAUGUCAGAGGCGUACGCCCGUGAGAUACUGCGAAGGAAUGUUGCGCAAAUAUGCCAAACUAUAGGGUGGAAUGGCAUAAACUCAACUCCACUGGACAUAUUGGUGCAUGUACUGGAGAAGUACAUAAGGUCACUUGGGACACAAGCAAACAGAUACGCCGAACAAUUUAACAGGACUGAACCAAAUUUACAUGACUUAGGAUUAGUAUUUCGUGACCUCCACAUUAAUUUACCAGAGUUGACAGAGUAUACAAGGUGUGUACCUCCUGUACCCGCACCUGUACCAUCUGAAAAGUUCCCCAAGCCUAAAGAGUCUAAUUUGAACUUCCUGAAACCUGGCAGUCAUGAAGUUGUCACUAGACCUAUGCAUGUCCAUGAACAUUUGCCCCCUAUGUAUCCAGAAAAAGAAAGGGAUACACCUGCAGUGGCUGGAACUGUUGAAAUUCGUCAGAAUGGCAUUGAUAGUGGUGACGUUAGUAAUGCUACAUGUACGAGUCCUGAAAUUUCAGUCACAGACAGUCCAGAUAAGAAUAAGGAAAUAUUUAAGCGACCAACUGAUCCAGUUUCAUUACCAAACAGUAAAAGACCAAGGUUACGUUUGGAUGAGGAGGAAAGAACUAGAGAAAUCAGUAGUGUAAUGAUGACCAUGUCAGGGUUCUUGUCUCCAGCACGAGAAGGAAAAUUACCUGAGGCAAGACCACCUGCCAUAAUGUCAGAAAAACAUUAUGAUAAACAUAAAGCAAAUUCACAUCAUUCUAAUGUUGUGAAAGCACCAGUACUAGACAAAAAUGAUAAGAAACCCAAAAAGAAUAAGUUAUUGAAUGGUAAAGUAAUGAAAAGUAAACGAAAAGAUAAAGGUCAUAAAGGUGAGAGUAGUAAAUCUAAGGAUAGUAGUAAGUUGAAUAAGUAUCCACCAGGUCAUCCAACAAAAAGCAAGGAUGUGCAUCCAACACACCAUAAUCAUGUGACAAUGCCAGCGCCAAAAUCGCUUCCGCCUCCAAUGAAGUCUUCAAUGCCUCCACCACCAUCACCUGUAGUGGAAUCAUCCAAACCUAUUCCACCUAUCAAGCAAGAGCCAAUUGAACCACCACCCACAAUCUCCAGACCAAUCUCUGUAAAAGAGGAUGCAAUACCUGUACCAAGAAAAAUACCUAUUUCAAAAUCUCCUCUUGUUCCUAACUCUAUACCUGUACAUAAAUCUCAACCUCAAACAAAUUCAAUUAUACCUGAAGUGGAAAUUAAAAAAGAAAUAGUAGAUGAAGAAGAAAAAUUGGCAUCCCAACCUGAUAGAUCAAAGAUUAAUAUAUUUAAAAGAAUAUCGAACAAAUCAAAAGAAGAUAAAAGUACUCCAGAGGUUGUUCAGGAAAAAUUACAGUCUGAUUCUAUGAUCUCAAGGUUACAAAAUUCUAAUUCUUUACAUGAAAAUGCAAUUGAAAGCCGAUUCCAUGAAAAUUUUAGAGUGAAAACUGAAGAGCCCAUUGUGAACAAUAAUGAUAAUAGUGCUGUAGAUUUGUCUAAAGUUAUGAAUUUGAGGACUGAUGAAGUAAUAAGUAUUGAUGAUGAUCCUGUAGAUUUCAACCCUAUGCCUUCUAGAGCUCCACCAGUGGAACAUCGUCCUAGUAUAUCAAUUAAUAAAUCCCUACAAGUACCUUAUCCCAAAGAUGUAGCUAGUGUCAGUCCAAAAAUAAAAAAAGAAAGGAAGCAUAAAGACAAGAAAGAUAAAGCUGCUAAAUAUGAAGCAAAAAUGUUAAAGAAGCAACAAAUAGCAUAUGAGAUAGCACAGGCUGAAAAGCAAUGUCUGAAAUUAAGUGGUGCCAAACCACCCAAAACGAGUAGGCCGAAGAAUGAUUCCAAGUUGCCUCAACUGCCACCUGGUUUUCCAUUCUUCCCCACAAUGACUCCUGGUAGAGGUCUAAUGCCCGGUCCAGGCUUAAUACCCACCCCUGGGUUAAUACCAAGCAGUGAUUUCCUUGCUGGAUUGGCCAAUAAUCCAGCACUAAGAGGUCUACCACCCUCUAAUUUACUAACCAAUCCAUUUGCCUUGGGAGCAGGUGGGCCUGGUCUGAUACCAGGACCUAGUUUUCUGGGUGGUGGUCUUAAUCCUGGUAUUCGAAAUCCUCUCAUGCCGAUGGGACCUAUACCUCAUACAUCCAGAUCUUCUCCUAUAAAAAUACCUCCAAUGUUACGUCGUCCUAGUUUAGAAGUUAUACCUGUAGAUAAUGAUGAUGACAGAGGAAUGCAUAAGUCUCCGAUGAUGGGCCCCCAAAAGGACAGACACGAUAAGCACAAAUCUCAGACCAUUCCAAAUAUAUUACAAAAGCAUAAAUCGAAGUCACAUAAAGAUCACAAAUCUAAUUUAUACAAAAUGCCUCCAGUUCAGCCUGAUAUUACCAUUGAAUUAAAUCCUCCAAAAUUAGAACCUGUUAGGCAGGAACCACCUAAAGUGUCACCAAUUCCCACUCCUCGAAUACCAACACCAGAGCCCAUGGUACAGAAAGAGCCAGAUCCUGUACCAGAACCAGUCAAACCCCCCACUCCUGAGCUUCCACAAGAUAGAGAACUAGAAAAUUUCGACAAGAAAAAGGACAAGUCACAUAAGAAAGAUAAAAAAGAAAAAGAUAAGGAUGGCAUUAAAAUCAAAAAGAAGAAGGAUAAAAAGGAUAAGAAUAAAGAAAAGUCUGAUAAAAAACGUGAAAAAGAGGAAAGACAAGAGUUGAAAGAUAAAAUAAAAAAGGAUAAAAAAGAGAAGAAAAAAGAAAAGCCACAAGCCACUGACGGUCUCGUGCCUAAACUUACACUAAAACUAAGUUCAUCUAACUCGAAUUCACCAAUGCCACCAAGUUCACCCGAUAUAUUUAAGUUGAAUAUAAAACCUGUACUAAGAAAAGAAGAGGAAGAGGAGGAAUCGCCAACGAAGGAUGAGCCAUUAUCAAGAGAACACAGUCGCUCUCCUGAAUUAGCCCAAAUAUCCGCAUUAGUGACAAGACCUCCAAAAUUGAAACAUUCGAAGCACAAUCAUGUCUUUGAUGGUGAAGGACAGUCGUCUUCACCACCCUCAGGUAGUUCACCACCAAGGAAGAAUGCUCCCUCAUCGUCUUCAAAAUAUAAAAGGAUAUUGAUUAAACAAAUGUCCAAAAAAGGACCUGUUGAAAACUUUGACGACGACGUUGCGUCGGUUUCUGAAGAACCGGCGCCGCUGCCGCAGGUGCCGCCUCCACAACUUCCCGCAGCCGCAGAAAAACUGACGGGACCUUUACCCACGCCUUAUUACGUAGACGAACACGGUAAUAAGAUUUGGGUUUGUCCGGCCUGCGGUCGGCCUGACAAUGGAUCGCCAAUGAUCGGAUGCGACGGUUGUGAUGGCUGGUACCAUUGGGUAUGUGUCGGGAUUACUGAAGAGCCCGGUGCAACGGAAGACUGGUUCUGCAAGUCGUGUCUUGCAAAACGCGCGGCGAUGGCGCUUGCUGGAGUCACUUCUGGAAAAAAGAGGGGCCGAAAGCCUAAAGGGGAAAAAAUCAGAGACUGUCAUUGA